AUGGAAGUUGGAAAUCGCACCCUCCUGAAUGAAUUCAUCUUACUGGGCCUCUCAACAGACCCUCAGUGGAAACUGACCCUAUUUGGAAUAUUUCUGAUGCUUUAUUUGAUCACUUUGUCAGGGGACAUGUCCUUAGUUAUCCUAAUCUAUAUAGAAACACGUCUCCAAACUCCAAUGUACUUCUUCCUCACCAAUUUAUCAUUUCUGGAUAUCUGCUACACAUCCACUGAUGUCCCACAAAUGCUGUCCAACAUGGUGGGCAGAAAGAAGACCAUCCCAUUUUCUAGAUGUGCUACUCAGAUGUACUUCUCUCUCUCCUUUGGAAUGACUGAAUGUGUUCUCCUCGGUGUCAUGGCUUAUGACAGAUAUGUGGCCAUCUGCCACCCUCUUCACUACACAGUCAUUAUGAACCAAAGCACCUGUGUCCAGCUGGCAGGAGUUUCUUGGGCCACAGGUUUUGGAAAUGCAGCCAUACACACAGGAAUGACUUUUAAAUUGCCCUUUUGUGGUUCCAAUAAGAUCAAUCAUUUCUACUGUGAUACACCACCCCUGCUCAAACUCUCUUGCUCUGAUACCCGCAUCAAUGGCAUUGUGAUCAUGGCUUUCUCCAGUGUUAACGUCAUUGGCUGUGUUAUGAUCAUCCUCAUUUCCUACCUAUGCAUCCUCGUUGCCAUCUUGAGGAUGCCCUCAUUAGAGGGAAGGCACAAAGCCUUCUCCACCUGUGCCUCUCACCUCAUGGCCAUCACCAUGUUCUUUGGGACGAUUCUGUUCAUGUACUUGCGUCCUACAUCUAGCUACUCAAUGGAGCAGGACAAGAUUGCCUCUGUCUUUUAUGCGGUAGUGAUCCCUAUGCUAAAUCCCCUCAUCUACAGUUUGAAAAAUAAGGAUGUGAAAGGGGCCUUAAAGAAGAUCUUACAGAAACAGAUACUGUGA